AUGGAAAAGUUGGCGAAGAAGUUAAAGCCGGAAGAGUUGGCAAAGUAUGAGGAGGUGUUCCGCGUGUUUGACACGUCAGGAAAGGGAGCGUUUGGUGUGAAAGAGCUGAAGAGAGUGAUGCUCUUCUACGGCAUGUCUGCCAACGAACAACAAUUGUAUGAAAUGGUCGCUCAGAUCGACACCAUUAACAACGGUUUAGUCACUUUCGAGGAGUUUUUGGCCGUCUUUUUGCACAAACUGUCGGACACCGAGAAAGAGGAUGAGAUGCGAGAGGCGUUCCGAGUGUUGGACACUAACGGCAAUGGUUUCCUUCCCGUUCCGCAACUCAAACGCCUGAUGACUGAAACGGGCGAAAAGUUGUCGCCCGAAGAGUGGGAUCAACUCCUCUCUCAGGUCAGUAUGGAUGACAACGAAGAUCUCAAUUAUGAGGAGUUGAUCGCUAUUUUGAUGUCCACUCAGAACCCAAAGUAG